AUGAACUAAAAGUAGAAAUAAACCCUUUUAAACUAUUUUUGCUAAUGCAGCAACGAUAAAAUAAAUGUUAUCUCUUAAAUUAGGGAUUUUCGAAACAAUGAUAUGGUGAAUGUUGUUGCCAGAGCCAAUCUAGCUUAAUAGUUAAUCUUAUUUUAAUAAGACAUACAUGAAGCAUAUGAAUUAUUAAUUGAUUUAAUAGGACUUGAAUCAUAAAAUGUAAAAUGUGUUAUGCAUACUGCAGCAAUAAACUUUCAAGUCUUUGAAAUUCUAGGUAUUUAAAAGUAAUGCCAACUCUUAAUUGACAUAGCAAAUAAUUAUCAAAUACCAGAUUGUGCAGUUCAUCUAUUUUUCACAUAACCAUAUUAAGAUUAAAUGAAAGACACAGCUCAGAUAAAGAAUUAAAGAAUUAGGUAUUUGUGUAGAUGUUAUUUGGCAUUGAUAUUGGAAUUUCCUGAUUCAGAAAUUGGACCUAUGAAUGAAAUUUUAAAAUUUACCCGCUUUUUUGUUAUGGAUUCAAAAAUAGUUAUAAAUGAUGAUGUUAUCUUCUUUUUAAGAAGUGAAUUCAACCGUCUUUAGAAAUCAGAACUGCACGAACUUGGAUUUUCUCAAUAUAGUAAGCGAAACACACUUAAUUUAAUAAAGAAAAAAGAAUUUUCACAGAUUGAUAAAAAAAUAAUUAAUCAUUUUACUGUUGAAAUAACAGUGUAUAAAUUGAUUGCCUCUAACUUUUAAUUGAGUUUUAUCAGUUCAAUUUAAAUAAUUCGGUUUAAUAUGUAAUUACUGAACUUACUCUACAAGUAUAAUAGUGACACAGAUCUCUCCUUUUAAUAUCUAGAUAUGGAGAAUGAUCCACAGUAGAUUUUUCCUUAUUUGCUCUAAAUAAUCACUUUAUUAAUUCAAUUGAAUUAAGAGAAAAUUAUCGUCAAAGUCCUAUCCUUGAUUCACAAUCUAAAAUUUAGCAAGAUGGAAGAUAUACAAAAAGUCAAUGAUUCAGCCAAUCUGUUAUUAAAGCAAUAACCAAAUCAAUAGAUCAUUGAUUCCUUAUUACCAGUCUUUAAGAAAUACACUUAAGAAAUAUAUCAUAGAUUUGCAAUAUUCAGUAAUCAACAAAUUGACUUUUCCACUGUUUCCAAAGAACAAACUAUACAUAAUUUAAUCACUUCAAUAUUUAUUAAACAAGACAAAGAUUAUUUGGCUGCCAAUUUUGAUAAGUUAUAUGAAUUAAUGUGUAAUGUUGACUCAAGUAAUCCCAGAAGAGACAUUUGCGAAUUCCUUGAAUUAGUCUACUUAUUACAGUAUCGAUAUGAUUAGAAAUUUCUUCAAACUAAGUUGACAGAAUUUUUUUCUUACUCUUAGGAAGAUUUGAAUAGUACCCUGUUAAUGAUUUAUCAGCAACUCGAAAUAGACGUAAAUAUCAAGUAACCUUAAAGUCUUUCCUUUGAAUAUAUUUCUAUAAUAUCUAAGCUUCUACACUUAAUUUUGGUCAUAUGUCAGAAUCCAAAAAACAAAAAUCUUUACAUGGAAUACUUCUCUAUGCAGAUGCAAUUCAUUAAUAAUUUUGAUAAGAAGUUGCCCAAGGAGUCUGAUUACAAGAAUAAAGGCAAAAUCUUGAAUUGUCCUCUUAGCAAUGAAAUAGCUGACGUCAAAAAAGCAAAGGCACUUCUCUUGAACUUAGCCUUAAUAGAGAGAGUUUAUAAACUACACAAAAUAGACAGCCAUUAAAUUUUAUUAUUGAAACUAUCUAUUUUGUCAUAUCAUGAAAGUGUGCCAGAAUACUUGCUUUUACAACUAUCCAAAUCUUCACAACAUUUUAAAGAACUAAAGAAAUAAUAUCCUAAUGCACCUACAAUAAAGGAAGUCAACUUUUAUUCUAAAAUUGAGAAGUUAAAAAAGAAUUUUGGUUCUGAAAUAAAAUUGAAAUCUUUGUAAGGAGUGCCAACACUAAAUAAAUUUUUGAAGCAUGCUCAGAAACUAUUACUCUAAAAACAAGUCAGUAUAAUUACAAGGGUGCAAAUAUUGGAACAACUAAUGCCCCAGCUUACUAGUUCUUUAUUUGAGUUUUAAGAAAAACCAAAAUAUCAAGAUGAAUUAUUUUAAUAAUCAGAUAUUCACAUUUUUAAAAUAGAACAUAAAGAGUUUAUUUCAUUUUAUUUGGGUAAUGGUGAAUUGUGCACUCCAGCCUUAUUUAUAAACUAUAGAGCAGAAGCUAUUUAUGUUUAUUUACAAAUAUGUUACAAGCUUUUAAAAUUUUUAAAAUAUUUAGGGUUUUAUAAAACUAUUAAUACGAUAUCGAAUUCUAUCAUUUUAUUCUCACAAAGGGCGUUAGGAAUUGCUGUUUUAGUCAACAUAUAUUCACAAAUACCUUGGUAAAUUGAAACCUAGUAAUGGUAAUAGAUAACAGAUGGAGUGUGUAAUGUCGUGAAAUAUUUGAAUAAAAAGCAUGAUUACGCAUAAGCUACUAGUGAGAAUACAAGACAAUCCUUGUAUCGUUAAAGAAGAAGUCAAUGGGCUAAGUUAAAAGAAUCUCAUGCUAAGUUAGUAUAAUGUUUUGAUGAGAACAAUUUAUUGAAGGGAAAAUUCUAUCGGGCCUUUUUUAAUUUUACAUUAGAAUAUCUAUGUUUAUUGAACCAUUCAAAUCCCUAUUUGUACGAAAAAUUACUGUUAAAGUAAACAAGAUCAUUUGAGUUGAAAACAAAUUGCAUAAUCUUAAAGUAAUUAUUUAGAUGUACAGAUGCUAAAUAAUAUUGUUUUUUGGUGGAUGAAAAUUGUAGACACGAAUUAGUUUUGGAUUAAGUCAUAUUAUAAUAGAUAAUUCCUGUUCUUGUUUUGGGAUUAUGUGAGUAACAAAUUAAUUAAAAUGUAUGCAAUUAUGGAUAUUAGAUGUUUCUUUUUAUACAAAAUCAACUAGCAUAAUCUCUUCAUUCUAAUAUCGAUCAAUCUAAAUUGUAUAUGUAUUUAUAUCUAAGAUUAAAAGAAUUUCUGGCUGACUUUCAACCUUAAUUCAUCAAAUAAAUACAAUGUAAAUGUCCACAAUAGAAAAAAUAUGAUAAAAAUAAAUUUGAGUUUGAUUUGAUUGCAACUUUGGCUUCCUUUUAGAUGAACCAGAAGAGAAUACUUUUACAAUAAGAAGAUAUCUCUAUUAUGAAAUGUGAAAAUCUAAGUAGAACAUCUGAGUUAGCAAGUAUAAUUGAUAUUUCAAUUAAAAGAGACAUUGUAGUGAUCAAUUUUUUUGAAUUUAAUGGCGAAAAAAUCAUACUAAUCUCUAAAUAUUGCCAUGCUUCCAAAUAAUGUCUAAAUAAGUAAGUCAAUUUAAUCAAUAAAUGUUUAUAAUUCAAAGAUGCCUUGAUGUAUUAUCUGAACUUAAUUUAAGAAAAUAUUGAUUGUUUGGAUGAAACAUCGAGUGCUCCUGGGUAAUGGUGGUCAAGGAGAGAUUAUUAUGAAUAGUAAUUGUUAAAAAGGUAAUCCAGUAUAGAGUAUGCCUUAUCAGAACACAUUGACUUUAUUUAUAAAUCUGAUAGUCCUCUACUUAUAUUAAGUCCUUAAUUGUAAUUGCUCCCAUGGGAUCAUAUCAAAAAUACAGUGUUCAAUCGAGUGUUAUCGUUAGGCCAUAUUUUAGAUUUAACCAAUUUACCUACUGACCCAAAAUAAGAUUUAUUUUAUGUCCUCAAUCCAGGAAAUGAUUUACAAAAAUCAGAAAAGAAAAUACUUCCCUUAUUAAAAUAAUAUAAUCUAAAAGGAAUAGUUAGAGAAAAACCAAAUAAAGAAUUGAUAGUAGAAUGCUUAUAAAAAAAAGACUAUUAUUUUUAUAUUGGACAUGGAGGAGGCGAAUAAUAUAUUAAUGAAAAUGGAAGACCCUAUUUAUUAGGUUGUAGUAGUGCAUAAAUGAUUGAUUUAGGAAAAUUCAAGGGAACUAACCUAUCAUUUUAAGAAAUCUAUUUGGAUCAUGUUGAUUGGCAUGGGUUGGCUGUCUCAUAUCUACUUAGAGGUUGCCCAUCUCUAUUCGGAUCUCUUUGGCCUAUUACUGAUAAAGAUGCAGAUCAAUAUGCCUUAGAUUUCAUUAAUGAAUAUGGAAAAAACCAGGAUCUCAAACCAGAAUUAAUAAUUAUGUAAACAAAGCCAAAAUGUAAUUUGAAAGUAUUAAAUGGAGCUGCCUUUGUGUUAUAUGGAAUACAUGAAAUGAAAUGA